GUUCCUCUCCCGUGGGAUUCGCUUCUCCCCUGGGGUUCCCAAUCCCUCGGGGUGCCCAGGGGUCCCCCUGAUCCACAGGAUCCCUCAGUCCCCUGGGGUUCCCAGUACUUUGGAAUGUCCUUGGGUCCCCUACUCCACAGGAUCCCUCUGUCCUCUGGGGUUCCCAGUACUUUGGAAUGUCCUGGGGUCCCCCUAAUCCACAGGAUCCCUCUGUCCUCUGGGGUUCCCAGUACUUUGGAAUGUCCUGGGGUCCCCUACGUGCCACAGGAUCCCUCAGUCCCCUGGGGUUCCCAGUACUUUGGAAUGUCCUGGGGUCCCCUACGUGCCACAGGAUCCCUCAGUCCCCUGGGGUUCCCAGUACUUUGGAAUGUCCUGGGGUCCCCUACUCCAUAGGAUCCCUCUGUCCCCUGGGGUUCCCAGUACUUUGGAAUGUCCUGGGGUCCCCUACGUGCCACAGGAUCCCUCAGUCCCCUGGGGUUCCCAGUACUUUGGAAUGUCCUGGGGUCCCCCUAAUCCACAGGAUCCCUCUGUCCCCUGGGGUUCCCAGUACCUGGGGGUGCCUGAUGUCCCCCAGUCCCGUGGUCUCCCUUUGUCUCCCGGGGCUCCCAACAUCUCGGGGUGCCCAGGGAUCCCCUGGGAUCCCCCUUCCCCUUGGGGCUGCCCCUCCCCGGGGGGGUCCCGGGGUGCCAGCCGUGCCAGCUGUGCUGUGCCCAGGCGUGGUGUACGACACGUUCAUGCUGAAGCACCAGUGCACCUGCGGGAACACCACCAUCCACCCCGAGCACGCCGGCCGCAUCCAGAGCAUCUGGUCCCGGCUGCAGGAGACGGGGCUGCUGGGGAAGUGUGAGCGGAUCCGGGGCAGGAAGGCGACGCUGGAGGAGAUCCAGACGGUGCACUCGGAGCACCACGCGCUGCUCUACGGCACCAGCCCCCUGAACCGCCAGAAACUGGACAGCAAAAAGCUGCUGGGUCCCAUCACUCCGAAGACGUACGCGGUGCUGCCGUGCGGGGGCAUCGGGGUGGACAGUGACACGGUGUGGAACGAGCUGCACUCGUCCAGCGCGGUGCGCACGGCCGUGGGCUGCCUGCUCGAGCUGGCCUUCAAGGUGGCCGCGGGGGAGGUCAAGAAUGGCUUCGCUGUCAUCCGCCCCCCAGGCCACCACGCUGAGGAGUCCACGGCCAUGGGCUUUUGCUUCUUCAACUCGGUGGCCAUCUCGGCCAAGCUGCUGCAGCAGCGGCUCAGCGUGGGCAGGAUCCUCAUCGUGGACUGGGACAUCCACCACGGGAACGGGACCCAGCAGGCCUUCUACAGCGACCCCCACGUGCUCUACAUCUCCCUGCACCGCUACGACGACGGCAACUUCUUCCCGGGCAGCGGGGCCCCCGAGGAGGUGGGCAGCGGGCUGGGCGUGGGCUACAACAUCAACAUCGCCUGGACCGGCGGCGUGGACCCCCCGAUCGGGGACGUGGAGUACCUGACAGCCUUCAGGACGGUGGUGAUGCCCAUCGCCAACGAGUUCUCCCCGGACCUGGUGCUGGUCUCCGCCGGCUUCGACGCCGUCGAGGGCCACCUGUCCCCGCUCGGUGGCUACUCCGUCACCGCCAAGUGUUUCGGGCACCUGACGAAGCAGCUGAUGAUGCUGGCGGGGGGCCGGGUGGUGCUGGCGCUGGAGGGGGGACACGACCUGACGGCCAUCUGCGACGCCUCGGAGGCCUGUGUCACCGCCCUGCUCGGCCUCGAGCUGGAGCCCCUGGACCCGGCCCUGCUGCAGCAGAAGCCCAACGUGAACGCGGUGGCCACGCUGGAGAAGGUCAUCGAGAUCCAGAGCCGGCACUGGGGCUCUGUCCGGCGCUUCGCCGCCGCCGUGGGCCGGUCCCUGCUGGAGGCGCAGCGCGGGGACACCGAGGAGGCCGAGACGGUGACAGCCAUGGCCCUGCUGUCCGUGGGCGCCGAGCACGGCGGGGCCGGGACGGAGCCCCAGGCCAGGCCAGCAGAGGAGCCGAUGGAGGCCGAGCCCACGCUCUGACCCGCCCGGAUCAUCCCGAAAACCAAGGAACACCCGGAAGAGACAAAAAACACACACACACACAAAAACAAAAAAAUCACAGUAAAAGGAAAAAAAAAAUCCAAAACACAAACAAAAAAAAACUAAAAAAAAAAAAAAAAAGACAAAAAAAAACCAAAAAAAAAGGGAGAAAUCGAAAGGAAAACGAAAAAAAAAAAAAAGAGGAAAAUAUUUUCUUUUUCUAUUAAAAAAAGGAGAAAACCACAAAAAAAAAUCCCCCCGCCCGUCCUGUGCCCCCGGCUCCCCGCAGUGUUUGCGGUCGUGUCUCUUGUGCAGCAGCAGUUCCACCAGCACCCCCUGUCCCCCCGUGUCCCCCCGUGUCCCCCGUGUCCGUCGGGUCCCCCCGGCGCUGCCCGGACCCCCCCGGGGCUCCUCGAGAUUUUAUUUUUUAGGGUUUUUUCCUUAUUUUCCCCCUAUUUCUGUGUGUCUGCCCCCCUCGUUCCCUCCCUGGCUCCGGAUCCGUCCCCCCACCCCGGGGGAGGCGAUGGGAAAUCUUCGUGCCUUUAAGUAAGUAUUUUUUUUUAAUGCCUUAAUUUCCCUUCAUUUUGGGUUUUUUUUUUAAUUUUCUUGGGUUUGUUUUUUUUUUCCCUUCGGCCUCCCCGUUUUGGACGGGGACAUGAGACAAAGGGACGAGCCCUGUCCCCCCACUCCCCUGUCACUUUGUCACCCCGGCGCCUUUGUUGGGAUCAAAUUUAUCCUUAUAGGAGAGGGAAAAAGAAAAAAAAAAAAAAAAAAAAAAAAGAGGAAAAACCACUUUAUUUUCCUGUUUUGUCACCAGCCGGAGGGGCCUCAGAGCAAUUUUAGCUUUAAAAGAGAGAAAACCACCCAACCCCCCCCCCAAAAAAAAAAAAAAAAAGGGAUAUAAUUUAUUACAGA